CAGAAGGGGAGGAGAGGUGUCAGAUGGAUGUGUCACCCUCUAAGUUUCUACUCACUAGGUAUAAAAUACCUUGGAAGCUAGGUUGAUAGAAGACCACUCUCCAUCGAUUACACAGGUGCCUCAACAGACAGUGAACAGAAGAAUAGGGCUCUCUGUGGAGAAUUGAACUGAACUGAGUUGGGCAGGAGUGGACUGAGCUAAACUAUAUUGGACAGUGACUAGUUUCGGCUGAUAGAUACACAGGCUUUUCUCUAUAACACACACAGUCCAGUGCUCAGCAGGAGGAUGCUUGUCUCGUGUAGGGGGGCUCUGCUCAUGCUUCUCGCCAGUCUUGGAGGUCUGGUCUGGGGGGAGGUGGGUGACUUCACCCCUUGCCUCCGUUUCUUCUACAUGGAGACUCCCCCAAAAGGCAUGGGGGGAGAGGGGUACCAGCCCAUCUGCCAGCGCUACAGGAACCAGUACCACUUUGCCAGCCUGUACCAGCGCCAGCGCCGUGCCACCCUCUACUCUGCCUACAUACUUACCCCUGGAGGAGGCAAACGGCCCAGGAACAAGUGGAUGUAUGAACCACAGUUGGCGUUCUCCGGUGCCAGUCCAGAGAUGCAUAGUUUCCCGCGGAGUGGCCCCGUGGACCAGAAUGUGGUGGAGAGCCAGGCGGUGCUCCAGGACUACAUCAACUCUUCAUACACCAAGGGUCACCUCAACCCCAGCCUGCACCACCAGGCCCCAGAGGACCGCCGGUCCACUUUUACCCUCACCAACGUGGUCCCUCAGCGGGCAGCCUCAAACUCUGGCCCCUGGGCUCAGCUGGAGGCUGAGGUGAGGGCCCGGAUGGGUAACUACUGCAUUGGGCCGGCGUAUGUGGUAACAGGGGCGCUGUCAUACCUCUCUGAGCGCUGGAUGGCCAACCGGGUAGCGGUGCCAGAGUACAUGUGGUCUGCCUACUGCUGCCCCUCCUACAACUCUAGUCUCCCCGCCUCACAGAGACCCUACUUCCCAUCAUAUGCUGCUGUGGGCCGGAAUGACCGCCAUAGUGGUGGAGAGAUUGUGCCGGUGGACCCCCAGGCGAAGGCCUCGGUUCGGGGGUAUGAUGUGAGGCGGAUGCCCCUGGACACCGUGGAGACUAUUCUACAGCAGAGACUGGGCGUCCACAUCAGCCUGUUUCACAAUCAAUGUCUGUAGGCAGGUGUGGUAGUUAGGUAAUGGGCUGUUGUAUGGGCUGUCCCUGUUCAGUGAAAAAUAAAAUCUACAGUGGAACAUAA